AGAGAGAGGAGGAAAGGGGCCGCGUCCCCCAGCGCUGCGCGCAGCCUGUGCCGCCCCCUGGUGCCUCGCAGGGAAGAGAGCGGGGAACCCAGAGCAGGGAACGAGGGAAUGGGAGCCGAGCAGCGGCGGGCAGAGGGCAGGAGGAGGCAGCAUGGCAGGCAGGGACGAGAGGGCAGAGCCAAAAAGCAGCCUGGGAAAGGAUGCGUGCGUUCGGACCUCACCGAGACGCGCUGCUGAGCAGCUUGCAGCUCGGGAGAAAGAGAGAGCAAUACAAUAUCCAUAGGAUGUCCUCAGCAGUCUGCUCUGCGGGGCAAGGUUUAGCCAAGGAUGCGAUGGAAGCACUCGGAGCUGAGCUUCACUCGGAGCCCUGAGCAGUGAGGGUUACGCUUCUGCACGGAUCUGAAGCACAGAUUUGUGCGGGAAGGAUGAAAGCAGCUCCCCGGGGAGCGGAGUGCUCCGGGACACGCGGGUCCCAGCAGAUGGACUCAGUUCUACUUUACACACGCAAAUACUGCAUUUUUUUCAGCAGAAUGUUUGUUGCCACAGGAACCCCGAGGCAGGAGGUGCUGAGGUCAGGCCCCGUGAGCAGCGCUCUCCGAGCUGCCCUCUCCCAGCCGGCAGCGGCAUCUGCAUCCCGAGCAGCGCUGCCGCAGCUCCGGAGGAAGAAGGACGUUCUGCUCUCAGUCCCGGUGAUAAAUGCGGGGAAGAGCCAGCACAACGAGGACCAGGCGUGCUGCGAGGUGGUGUUUGUGGAGAGGAGGCCCAGCCCCAGGGGCCGCCUGCCCUGCAGGGAUGGCAGCGGGGAGCCCGACAGGGGCAGGAAGGGGUUUUAUUUCCACUACUGGGCCCUGUUUGAUGGGCAUGCGGGCAGCGGUGCUGCUGUCAUGGCAUCCAAGAGGCUGCACCUGCACAUCUGCGAGCAGCUGCGGGACCUGGUGGACAUCCUGCAGGACCCCUCCCCGCCUCCCAUCUGCCUGCAGCACGACGCCGAGCUGAGCCAGGCGGAGGACAACGGGGAGGUCCCCAACGAUGCUCUGCCACGCUUUCACCUGGAGAAGGUGGUUUCCCACGAGAGCCUGGUGAUCGGCGCCAUCGAGAACGCCUUCAAACACAUGGACGAGCAGAUCGAGCAGGAGCGGGCGUCCCUGCACAUCUCUGGGGGCUGCUGUGCCCUGGCUGCCGUCUACCUCAUGGGCAAGUUCUACGUGGCCAACGCCGGCGACAGCAGGGCCAUUAUCAUCCGUAACGGGGAAAUCAUUCCAAUGUCCAGGGAGUUUACUCCAGAGACAGAGAGGCAGAGGCUGCAGUUCUUAGCGUUCCUGAGACCUGAGCUGCUGGGGAAGGAGUUCACACACCUCGAGUUCCCCCGCAGGAUCCAGCCCAAGGAGCUGGGGAAGAAGAUGCUGUACAGAGACCAGAGCAUGAAUGGCUGGGCUUACAAAAAGAUCGAAGAGGAUGACCUGAAGUUUCCCCUUAUCUAUGGGGAAGGCAAAAAGGCUCGGAUGAUGGCCACAAUUGGGGUGACACGAGGCCUGGGAGACCAUGACCUCAAAGUGUUCAGCUCCAACAUCCACAUCAAGCCGUUCCUGUCCUGCUUCCCAGAGGUCAGGGUGUAUGACCUCACACAGUACGAGCACUGCCCCGAUGACGUCCUGGUCCUGGGUACUGAUGGGCUCUGGGAUGUCACCAACGACAAGGAGGUGGCCAGCGUGGUGAUGGAGGUGCUGACGAGCUAUGAGCCCAACGACCCGUGCAGGUACACCAUGGUGGCCCAGGAGCUGGUGGUGCGCUCCAGGGGAGUCCUGAAGGAGCGGGGCUGGCGGCUGCCCAACGACAAGCUGGGCUCUGGCGAUGACAUCUCCGUGUUCGUGAUCCCCCUGGGCGGCCCUGGCAACUACAUGUGAUAAUCUGACGGCGCUGGGCAGAGGGGUCACGCUGCCAGGAUGGCCAUGAGCAGGAUGCUGGCACUGCCCGGGGCAUCACUCACUCCAGCACUCGUUUCCUGAGCUGACCACGAGAAGAAUGAGGAGCUCGGAGCCUCCUGCCCGAAGCACCCCCCUCACCUACUGCAUCCCCACCCUCUGCAGGGAUGGAAGGACAGAGCAGAGACUGGGCUCAAGGGAUGAUUUUCUUGGUUGCUGUGAAAAGCCUCAGUGCUCCCUGGCUUCUCGGUGCAUGCUCAGCACCUCACCCUGGCCCAGGUGCGCUGGUUACAGCCCUGUGACCAGGGCCUGAGUGCUUGUACCUGGUGAAGCCUGUGCUUGCUGCUGCAAUCACCUCCCUCUCCUGCCCUGUGACAUUUGCACCACGGAUGCUGAAGCUGCUGCCUUGGGAUGGGCAUGGAGUGGGGUCCCACUGGCAGCGGGGCAGCGCCCAUCCCAGCUGCAGGUGCUGUGAGCCCCAGGGAUGCCCCACUCCUGUGCUCACCCUCUUUGGCUCCUGGGCCCCAUCCCCAGCUGGGCACACCGCCUCUGUCUCAGGUUUCGGAGGACGUGACAGGGCUCAGUCACAGAGCACCUGGGAGGAAAUGAGCUCUUGGACUCGCAUGGUGUUUGCCAGCCCCUGGCUGUGCCACGGGCUCUGCCCACCACCUCUCUUCAUGCCUUGGAUCACCGCUGUGUUUCUAGAGCCAAUUAUUUAUUAUUAACUGGAGAGCUGAGCUGGAAAGUGUCUAAAUGCCUUCUUGGUGUGAGGCGGCAGUUGGUAUGAAUGUAGGUCUGUUAUUUCUGAGCAGUUCUAAUUUGGCGACUGCUGAGCAGCAGUUACAGAGCAGCCCCGUUCAGCCAAGCUUAACAGCUUAAAGUGCUGCAUGGAUCUGCUUAGCUGGGGGCUGGAAGCCUGCAACGAAAGCAGCUUGGUCGUGGCUGGGAAAUGGAGUGGGCUGGCUUUUCCCUAGACUCACAGCUGGUUCUGAUAGGGCUGUAGCUGCCGUUGUUCUCUCUGCAGUAUUGCAUUUUGCAUCUGGCAAAACCUCUGACCUGGGGCACGGUGAGUUUCCUGCACCUCCGCAGCCUUGCACCCUGCCAAAGCACGGAGGCAGCGUGGCCGUGGGGCCAGCUGAGCCCUGUGCUGUGCUUUGGUGAUGCACCGUGGCACCGGCCCGUUGUCCCUGGUGUCACCUGUGGGGCGUGUUCGUCUGUAAUCAGCGAGAUGUAAAUAAACUGGGUGCGCUUAGCGGGGAGUGAAAGUUAUCCAGUGAGAUGUGAACGUGCACGCAGCUCUGUGCCGCAGGGAGCAGGGGAUGAUGCUGGGGUUGGAGGAGCUGUCCUCGCGUAGCAGGACGUGGUUGAAUAAAGGUCGUGCCGCUCGCAGUCCCAGCUCAGCGCCUUUCUUGCAGAGCUCCUGCAAAGAAGACUAACUUAAAAGCCAAUUAGCGCUGAUUAAUUCGUGUAGGCAGGUUGGGUGCCAUGUGAGCCGCUGUCCCUCCGCCCUUGC